AUGGCCUCGAACCCUUUCGCGAACCCGCGCGUCGGUGUCGCGGCCAUUAUCCAGCGCCAGGACGGCAAGAUUGUCGUAGGCAAGCGCGAGAGCAGCCACGGCGCAGGGACCCUGCAACUCCCCGGAGGGCAUCUCGAGUUCGGGGAGUCCCUCUUCACCUGCGCUGAGCGCGAGACAUUGGAGGAGUCUGGGCUAAAGGUGCGCGGCGUCAAGGUCGUGGCCGUGACGAACGACAUAUAUGAAGACCUCGGAAAGCAUUACAUCACCGUAUUUGUGAGGUGUGAGAUGGAAGAUCCUAGUGCGGAACCGGUUAACUUGGAGCCUGAAAAGUGCUCGGGCUGGGACUGGAAGGCGUGGCAGGAGGUUCGGGAGAUUAACGAGGCGGCCAGGGGGGGUGAUGGGAAGGUGAAGCUGUUUCUGCCAUUGCAGCACCUUGUGGAGGAGAACCCGGACAUUGAAAAAUCGGCUUAA